UGUCUUCCUCACCUCGCUUCUCUCUCCGUCCCCCGGCGGUGCCACGGCCGCUCCCUCCUUCCUUCCUUCCUCCCCCCGCUUCCCGUCUCCUCCUCGCUCGCGCGCGGCCGCCGAACUGCGGACCGGAGGCGCGCACGGCUCGGACGGCCUCCCGCUCCUUCCCCCGGCUCCGCGCUGGCCUGGCCUUCUCUCCUCGCGCCCGCGGCCACCGGUGUGAGCAGGUUCGGGAGGAGGGGGGCUACGCGGCCGGCCUCGUUCCGCCGACCUCCUUGUCGGCUCGAGUGGAGGGAAUAGGGGUGCCCGGGUAUGCGCAGGUGAGCAUUUGUAGCUGGGAGUGAUUCGGUUGCUGAGGAUGGUGCUGGUGGUGAAGCAGCACCGGUGCACGCACUCGGCGAGCUGCGUUUGCAUCAAGGGGCACCUCAGCGAGGACGCGCUAUUCCUCGUCUUCCGCCACAUGAACUGGAACCCCAGGCUGAUCGCUGUGCUCUCGUGCGUGUGCAAGUGGUUCGACGAGGUCGCGAAGCAGGUGCUCUGGAAGGAGUUCUGCCACGCCAGGGCGCCGAAGAUGAUGCUGGAUUUGCAUUCGGGCGGCAGCCACAUUGUCGACGGGAACUGGAAGGCGCUCGGGAAGCUUCUCAUCUAUUGCAAUGGCUGCACAAAAGGGGGGCUUUUUAACAACAUCCAUGUCCCUGGGCACUUUGUGUUCAGAACACGGUUUUCGAGGACCGCGGGCAAGAGUUUCCUGCCUCAGCAGUGUAGGAACGAUGUCUUGUAUGUCUCAGAUCCAUGCGAGCAUCUUGAUCAAGGGGAGGAAGGUGACUUGGGGUUCUUCCGGGGUAUCUUCAAGUCAUUUGCGACUUCAAGGGUUAAGAAGAUGUUAAUUGAGAAGCGGGCAAGGUUCCAUCCAAAGGAGGUAUGUCCCUACUGUAAGGCUAGGCUGUGGAGCAUGUUGGAGGCAAAUAUGUUGCCGAGGAGUUCUUCUGCCAGGCUUGGUGCCUAUGAAGAUUCGGUGGAGUAUUUUGUAUGCCUGAAUGGACAUGUCAUUGGAAUCGGUACCCUUCUACCUCUCUCUGAUUCUGAGGAGGUACCAGAGGAGUAAUAAUCAGGAACCUGAAUCAGGUUUGAAAGAUUAAAGUCCUGGAUUUGCACAUGAUUUCCGUUGCUGAAUCUUGGUUGCGACUAACACUGAGAAUGCAUGGGCACAGCAACCUGCAGGAUGACAAGAAUGACUUUCCAUUUAACAGUCUGCAGUGUUGUUCUUCCUGGUGCUUUGCAUCAGAUGAAAGAAAGAAAAUGAAAAGAGAAGCUAUUUUACACUGUUCUCUCCUCUGCCGUUGACGCCUCAUCAGUCAUCAGCUUUCCGUAUUUGUAACCGAGACACCAAUGUCCUGUUCCGUCCAACAUGUUCACAGCAUGUAAUGAGUUGUUUAGCGUA